AUGGUAAUUCCUCCCACUUCCUUUGAUAACCACCCCUUGAUUUGGUGGGUUUUUAUCAAAGCAUUUGCAAAAUAUGAGUUGGAGAACAAGACCAAGGUUGAAUCUUGGAGAAAAGCACUUGUGAAUGCAAGUAAUAUUUCUGGAUGGGAACCCAAGCACAUUGCCAAUGGGCAUGAAUCAAAAGGCAUCAAACAAAUUGUUGCCGGAAUUUCUCAGAAGUUGGAUCGAGUAACUUCAAGUGAAAAUGAAAACCUGAUCGGAAUGGGGUCUCGCUUGCAAGCUUUGCGAUUGGAGUUACAAGUUGGGUCAGGUGGUGUGCGCAUGGUUGGAAUAUGGGGGGUUGGGGGUGGUGGUAAGACUACUCUUGCUUCUUCUAUUUAUGAUGAAAUCUGUAGGCAGUUUGAUGGUUGUUGCUUUGUUCAAAAUAUUCGAGAGGAAUCAAGCAGGUAUGGUUUGGGAAAGUUGGAAGGAGAGAUUCUUUCAAAAAUGGGAGUAAACAAUGUUGGAGGAGGAAGAUGCAUGAUUAAGGAUAGGUUGUGCCAUAGAAAGGUCUUGAUUGUUCUUGAUGAUGUCAAUCACCUUGAGCAACUAAAAAUGUUGGCUGGAUCACAUGAUUGGUUUGGUGAAGGAAGCCUAAUAAUAAUAACAACCCGUGAUAAGCAUUUAUUAGCUGCACACCAAGUAAAUGUGAUGCACAAUAUUAGCUUGUUAAACAGUGAUGAGGCUAUGAAGCUUUUUUGCAAACAUGCACCCCAAGAUAACAGACCUGUGGAAGAUUAUCAGCAACUUUCAAAAGAAGUGGUGUCUUAUUCUGGUGGGCUUCCAUUAGCACUUACAGUUCUUGGUUCUUUUCUGCGUGACAAAGACAUCAAUGAGUGGAGGAGUGCAUUAGCCAGACUGAAAGAGAUCCCAGAUAGUGAUAUUCUGGAAAAGCUAAAGAUUAGCUUUGAUGGGCUUAAACCGGUUGAGAAAGAAUUGUUCCUUGAUAUUGCAUGUUUCUUUAGGAGGGAGGAUAAAGAUAAGGCAAUGAGAAUCCUUGAGGCUUGUGGUUUAUAUCCUGUUAUAGGAGUGAAGGUGUUGAUACAAAAGGCUCUCAUGACCAUUUCGUAUGGAUUGUUUGAUAUGCAUGACUUGGUGCAAGAAAUGGGACACCACAUUGUUAGAGGGGAACACCCUAACAAUCCUGAAAAACAUAGUAGGUUGUGGAAGAAGGAAGAUAUUUUUAAGAUAUGUGCUAUGGAUGCUGCAACGGAGCUUGAUAUGAUUGAAGCAAUAAGAUUUGAAUACAGCAGUAAGGAUCAGUUACAAAGGCAUAAACAUCAUCCUGGUAUUGUUGCAAACACUAAGAACCUUAGGUGGAUUGAUUGGGAAGGUGAUCUUGCAAAUCCAUUUCUUAGUAACUUUCCACAAAAGACGCUUUGCUGUCUAAGAUUGAAUAACAGCUUGCAAAGACAACUUUGGGAGGGUUAUAAGUUGCUGCCAAAUUUGAAGACAAUUGAACUUCUGGGUUUGCGUAACCUAAUCACGAUACCAGAUUUUGAUGGACUUCCAAAUCUUGAAAAAUUCGUUCUUAGUGGAUGUUUAUAUUUAGAAGUGAUUCAUCCAUCGAUUGGAGGCUUGGAAAGGCUUGUUUCCUUAUCCAUAUCAAGUUGUUCCAGUCUUAAAAGCAAUAUUCCUGGUGUAGAAUGGUGUUCACAGGAGCCUUUAGCUCAAAACAACAUGAAGACUUGCUUACGUGACAACAACAGGAACAACAUAGGGUUACAGUUUCUUCUGAGAGACUUACGAGAGUUGGAUCUCAGCUACUGCAGAAUUGUCAGAGCUGCCAUCAAGUAUAGCUGUUGUUAUAGUGGAUGGUUGCAAGUCACUUGA